UUAUCGUCUUGUGACGUUUCUCUCACCGGCGGGAAAUGAAUUCCCAGUCGCAGAGAAGCGGCUUCAAAGCCGGCUCUCUCCCUCUUUCACCUCCUCUCCGCCAAAUCCCUUCGGAACGACUCAGUUUCCGGUCCAUCCCAUCUCAAAAUCGCCUCCAGAAGCCCCUGACCGUCCGAAACUGCCGUAAUCCCGCCGAGAAUUCCGAUACCUCGACCAAAUCCCAUCGUUCAUUAGCCACAAACCGCCGGAAUAUCCUCAUCACCCCUUUUCUGGUCGUUGGAUCUUCAUUCGUUCAUUCAAUCAUUGCCCAUGCUGAAGACAAGCCUCCGGAGCCUGUUGCUACGGCAGUGGCGACAUCCACUGCAGCUGUGGCUGCAGAUGAGAAGGUGGAGGAUGAGAUAAUUUCUAGGAUUUACGACGCGACUGUGAUUGGAGAACCUCUGGCGGUGGGGAAGGAUAAGAAGAGGGUCUGGGAGAAGAUGAUGAAUGGUCGGAUCGUAUAUCUUGGGGAGGCGGAGCAGGUCCCGGUUAGGGAAGACAAGGAAUUGGAGCUGGAGAUUGUGAGGAAUUUGAGGUGCAGGUGUUUGGAGCAGCAGCGGUCCAUCUCUGUUGCAAUUGAAGCCUUUCCGUGCAAUCUGCAGGAGCAGCUAGAUCAAUUCGUGGAUGGAAGGAUUGAUGGUGAAAGCUUAAGGUCUUAUACCACACAUUGGCCACCUCAACGCUGGCAGGAGUACGAACCUCUUUUAAGUUAUUGCCGUGAUACUGGAGUCCGGCUUAUUGCUUGUGGUACUCCACUUGAGGUUUUAAGGACUGUUCAAGCUGAAGGCAUUCGUGGUCUUUCCAAGGCACAACGUGAACUAUAUAUUCCUCCUGCUGGAUCCGGAUUUAUUGCCGGAUUCAAGUCCAUCUCUCAAAGGUCAUCAGUAGACACGAUUUCUUCAAAUCAGUCUGUUUCUUUUGGUCCAAGUUCAUAUCUAUCUGCUCAGGCAAGAGUCGUUGAAGAUUUCAAUAUGUCCCAGAUUAUCAUGAAGGAAAUGGUAGAUAGUGACUCUUCUGGUAUGCUAGUAGUGGUAACAGGUGCAAGCCAUGUUAUAUAUGGAUCAAGAGGGACUGGCUUGCCUGCAAGAAUAUCAAAGAAGUUGCAGAAGAAAAAUCAGGCUGUUAUAUUACUUAAUCCUGAAAGGCAGGACAUACGUAGAGAGGGGGAAGUCCCAGUCGCCGAUUUCUUGUGGUACUCUGCUGCUAGACCUUGUAGUAGGAAUUGCUUUGAUCGUGCUGAAAUUGCUCGAGUCAUGAAUGCAGCUGGUAGGAGGCGAGAUGCUCUACCCCAGGACCUUCAAAAAGGACUUGAUCUUGGUCUGGUAUCACCUGAGGCACUACAGAACUUCUUUGAUCUGGAGCAGUAUCCUCUUAUUGCAGAACUUACUCACAGGUUCCAGGGUUUCCGGGAAAGAUUACUGGCAGAUCCCAAGUUCCUACAUAGGCUAGCUAUAGAAGAAGCUAUAUCAAUUACAACAACUCUCUUGGCUCAGUAUGAAAGGCGUAAAGAAAAUUUUUUUGAAGAGCUUGACUAUGUUGUUACUGAUACUGUCAGGGGUUCAGUUGUUGACUUUUUUACUGUGUGGCUUCCUGCCCCAACUUUAUCAUUUCUUUCAUAUGCUGAUGAGAUCAAUGUCCCUGAGAACUUGGAGUUAUUAAAGGGCCUUUUAGGAUCUGUUCCAGACAAUGCUUUUCAAAGGAAUAAUGUUGGGAAGGACUGGAAUCUGAUCCAUAGGCUUGCUUCCGUGCUCAUUGGGGGUCUGAAACUUGCUGGUGUUGGAUUUAUUUCCAGCAUUGGGGCUGUGGCAGCCUCAAAUGUUUUGUUUGCUGUUCGUAGAUUACUGAAUCCUUCAUUGAUUGUGAAUGAAAGACGUAAAAGAUCUCCUAUACUUAAGACAGCAGUUGUGUAUGGAUCUUUUCUUGGGACAUCAGCAAAUUUGCGGUAUCAGAUAAUUGCUGGAAUAGUGGAACAUCGGAUAUCCGAUCAUUUGCUAUCAUCUCAACCAUUACUUGUGAAUAUGUUAUCUUUCAUUGUUCGCACUAUUAACUCAUACUGGGGAACUCAGCAAUGGAUCGAUCUUGCACGAUUAACAGGAUUGCAGACACGUAAGAUUGUACCACCCUCUUAUAAACUUUUAGAUACUCCUAGCUUCAACAGCACAGAAGCAACUGGUAUAGAUGAUAUUACGAAUCAGUCAGGUGAUAAUCCUACAUCAUAGCAUCAUUUUGGUGGGAACUGUUGUAUCAUAUCCCUCUAAAAUUGGUGGGUGAGACCUGUAAGAAAUGGUUCCAAGCCCCCAACAUAUGUACAUCUCUUUUUUGGCCAUCUUCUUUAUUCAAUUUAAUGUUGUCCUUUCAA